CCUCUUCUGGGCCUAAGACUCCGCAAAUAACCAUCCUCCAAAAAAUGGUAGUUUCUGGCGCUCUUGUUCCCCCCCUCCUCCUCCUCCUCCUCCUCCUCCUCCUGCUCCUGGAUGGAAAUACAGUCGGUGCUGCUAAUUCCGCCACCCAGUUCCAAACCCUAAACGUCCGGGCCAUAUUGGCCGAGUCAACACAAGCCCACCCAGCAGAAACCCUAUCAACUAAAACCGAGUCAAAACCCCCCCUGAAAACCUUAGCCAUACAAGCCGAGUCGAAAACCCAACCCAAAGGGCUCUCACAACACGCCGAGUCAAAAACCCACCUUAGCCAACCCUCAAAACACACCGAGACAAAAACCCCCCAUAGCCAACCCUCGGCCUCGAAACCCGGCAACUUAUUGAGGCUCAAGCUCCUGCAUCGAGACUCAUUCAAGCCCACCAACUCCUCAAGCCACAAGCACCGUUUCGAGUCAAGGAUGCGGCGUGACUUGUUGCGAGUUGCCGCACUUGCUAAAAAAUUGGGUCUCGAGUCGGGCUACAAACUCACCGACUUUGGAGCUGAGGUGGUCUCCGGCAUGGAGCAAGGGAGCGGCGAAUACUUUGUGAGAAUCGGUGUUGGAUCCCCCGCCCGAGACCAAUUCAUGGUCAUCGACACAGGGAGCGACAUAGUUUGGGUGCAGUGUCGCCCAUGCUUGCAGUGCUACCAGCAGGCAGACCCUGUGUUCGACCCAGCCGCAUCUGAGACGUUUGCUGGGGUGAGCUGUACUUCAUCUGUGUGCAGCCGCCUCGAGAACUCAGGGUGCGGGGCUGGACGGUGCCGCUAUGAGGUCAGCUAUGGCGACGGGUCAUACACAAAGGGGACUCUGGCCUUAGAGACACUAACAUUUCAGGCCACAACAGUGAGGAAUGUAGCCAUGGGAUGCGGCCACAAGAACCACGGGUUGUUCAUCGGAGCGGCUGGCCUGCUGGGUCUGGGUGGUGGGUCUAUGUCCUUUAAUGGACAAUUAGGAGGCCAGAUGGGCGGAGCCUUUGGAUAUUGUCUGGUGAGCCGGGGGGCGACCGGUGGCUCGACUGGUGAGCUUGUUUUUGGCAAGGGUGCAAUGCCCUUGGGUGCAGUGCAGGCGCCUAUGCUCCGCGACCUGCGCGCACCCACCUUCUAUUUUGUGGGCCUGGCUGGGCUCGCUGUCGGUUCCUGGCAGUUACCACUGUCCAAGAAUAUUUUCGGGCAGUCUGAUUCCGUCAAAGGAAUGAUACUUGAUUCCGGCACCGCGGUCACCCGCCUCCCCACAGUAGCCUACGAGGCUCUGCGAGACGCAUUCGUGUCAGCCACGCAAGCCCUGCCACGAGCGCCUGCCCAGUCCAUAUUCGACACGUGCUAUGACUUGAGGGGCCUCGAGAUGGUCACCGUGCCUACUGUGUCCUUCUAUUUUGCCGGUGGCCCCAUCCUGACGCUUCCGGCCGGGAAUUAUAUGAUUCCGGUCGACGACGGUGGGACUUUUUGCCUCGCAUUGGCACCGUCCGUGUCCGGAAUCUCCAUUUUUGGAAAUAUUCAGCAAGAAGGGAUCCAGAUAUCCUUUGAUAGUGAGAAUGGGCUCAUUGGAUUUGGGCCCAACACUUGCUGAUGAAAAUAAAAUUCAAUUUUUGUGGAAAAGUAUCCUUGUAGUUAAAAUAGUAGAAAGAGAUAGAUUAUGUGGCUUAGUCUAAUUUGUAACCAACCACGUGAUCAUGCGGAUCAUGUAUUUAAAAAGGUUUCUUUUCUUGUGGUUAGAAGUAAUUACAUGAGAGUAAAUAUUGUAUUUAAUCAUGUAAUAUCUUGUUCAAUUAUUAAUAUGACAUAAUGUGAAGGCUUUCCUGCU